CUUUUCGUUUGUGUAGGACCAAAUGCCAAAGAUCAAUACGUUGCCAUUCCAACUGAGUGGGUUAAUUUUACUCGCUCUGAUGUCGCGUACGAGCCAGUCAACUGCUCCAGUGAUCUACCGCGCAUUCUAAUCGAAAUUCAAAAUAAGGCAGAUAUGCAUUUUUAUCAACGGCUAAUCGACUACUCGCCAUCUAAGCUUCCUAUUGUUGUGGCAAUUGUGAUUAAUUCAACAAGUAAAGAUCUACUUGAAACUGAAAUACCUGGUUCUCAUAUCCCUUUCGCCAAGCAGCUGUCGAGUAUUGGCUGGGCCAGCUCAUGUCUUUUAUUCAAUGCAGAGACUGUUGCACCCUAUCUCAACGAAACCCCACUAAACCCAUUACUCGCACUUGUUCACUGUCUUAUUGAACAAGAGUCAUCACUUAUGAACUUUGCACAAUCCAAUGAUCCAACCUUGAUUUCUUUAUAUACCAAAAUGAAAAAUAUAGUUGGUGACCCUAUUUAUGAAAACGAAAGCUCUAUUCAUGUAUUAAAAAGUGUAUGUGCUCAAUCAAAAUCGGAAUGCUACAAGGCAAAGAUAGCCCUCCAAAAUCAAGAUCAACCUGUUGGCGUGCGCAUCGAAAGAGCUAUAAAUAUUUUGGAUAAUGCCUAUUGCAUAUAUCGAUGAAGUAACACAAAAGCGGCAUUUUGAGGAUCCAUUAUCCGAUUUCGAAUUUGCCGAGCAACAAGUGGAUAAAAACUGGUAUAUACCAUGGAAAGCUCAAUUCCAACAGUGGAAAAUACUGGGCCGCUUUGAACAAUAUAAGUCGUAUCAAAGUGCUCAAAGUGCUUAUCACCGCUCCAUGAAAAAGCAAAAACAAACUGAACAAACUGAAUACCAACAGGGAACACCUGCAGAAACCUCAUCAUCAUCACCUCUUAGGGAAAGGCAGUCAUCAUCAUAAAAUGAAUAUUAGUUAUUUAUAUGUUCCCCUCAUCAUAGUUAAUAGGAAAAAUAAUAGUAUUCUAGGCAUUAAGAAUCAACGAAGGAUCGCUUAAUAGUUAAGCGUAUAAGGCUGUUCUCAAGCAAAAAAAUUU